AUGCUUUCUACCAUGAUGCUUCUGGGUAUUUUAUUUGGCUUGCUAACCCAGGCGUACACUCUACCUGUUAAGAAUUCUACUGGAGUACACGAGGGAAAAGUGAGGUUAAAAAGGAAAUACUCAGAUGAACUUCCAGAUUGGGAUGAAAUGAAUAUAAUGGACAAAAUCAUGGAAGUCAAUAGCAGAUUGCGACCCCCUCGAGGAAUGUCAUUCAAAGAAGGCGACAUUGCCAGCUCGUAUAUACGCAGUGCAAUAACGUGCCCUGGUAAUACCUGUCUGUGGCCUAAAUCAGUUGAUGGAUUUGUUUAUGUUCCAUACAUCAUCUCUCCAGUUUAUGACGACAUGGACAGAAUCACCAUAGAAACUGGGAUGCAAGACAUUUCCUCUGGAACAUGCAUUAAAUUUGUUCCACGCACUCAUGAAGCCAGCUUUCUUGAUAUUCAGCCUAGAUAUGGCUGCUGGUCUUUCCUGGGGCACACUGGAGGAAGCCAGACCCUGUCGCUGCAGACUCCUGGGUGCAUGUGGUCAGGGGUGGCUUCCCAUGAGUUCAUGCAUGCGCUUGGUUUUGUACACGAGCAGUCUCGCUCAGAUCGAGACCACUAUGUCACAAUUGUAUGGAAAAACAUCAUGCCAGACUAUAUAAGUAACUUCAGAAAACAUAUGACAAACAAUCUCAACAGCCCAUAUGACUACAGCUCUGUCAUGCAUUAUGGAAGGUAUGCCUUCUCUGAAGACGGUGGACCAACUAUAAUCCCCAAACCUGAUCCCUACAUUCCCAUUGGCCAGCGAGAUGGACCAAGUGCUCUAGAUCUUCAUAAAAUAAAUGUCCUAUAUGACUGCGGUAAGAGAACUAACAUAUACACCUGCUAA